AUGGAAGAGAAUCCUGAACUAUCGUCACCCCAGAUCCCCCCUCAUACAGCAAGCACCUCCCUCCAGGACGAUGACGAUGAUGAAGAUACCCUGGCCUUAGAGGAAGGGGUUGAGGAUCGAUUGGAGGACGCUGAUAAAAAUUGUCUGGUGGGCCAGAUUGUCUUCUGUAAACCCUACAGACGCCAAGCUGUUUCGGAAGCGCUCGUUCAUGCCUGGAAUCCUCGAUUUUCUGUUAUUAUCACUCCCAUGCAGGAGAAUCGCUAUCGUUUUCAAUUCCAGCAUGAGCUUGAUUUACUGAAUGUUUUGGAUGAGAGCCCUUGGGCGGUUGGGGGAAACUUAUUACUGUUGGAACAUUGGAAUGCCAAUCAAGAAUGGGGAUUCCAUAGCACAGAUUUCUGGGUGCAAAUACAUGACGUCCCAUUGGAAUUAUUCAACUUAGAAGUGGGAUCUCAGUUAGCAGCAAAGGUUGGACAUCCCAAGCAAAUAAUUUUGGUUCAAGGUGUUCAGUUUGGGGCGAGAGUCAUCCAUGUAGUAGAUUCUAAGGUUUAUAAUAAAGAUGGUUCUUUCUUUUAUAUGACUUCAGUUUAUGGUGCUUCUAUUAAAAGUAAAAGGAAAGAAGUGUGGGAGCAAUUAACCCAAAUUGGAAGUGGCAGACACAUGGAGUGGCUUUGCUAUGGUGAUUUUAACUCUUUUUUGGCCUGGCACGAGAAGGAGGGUGGUAACUGUACUGGACAAAGAGAUAUUGAGGGAUUUAAGGAUAUGACCAUAGCUUGUGCUUUGGAGGAUAUUGGCUCUCAUGGUCCCUGUUUUACUUGGAGUAAUAAGAGGAAGGGUGAGGCUAAUAUAAGAAUCAGGUUGGAUAGGGCUCUGGCGAAUGAUGCUUGGAGAACUUCGCACCCGGAUGCAGCGGUUUUGGUUAAACCCACUCUGAACUCUGAUCACGCUCCCCUCAUAAUUGAUUCAGUAGGUGGUCGUUUCAAAGGGGAGCGUCUCUUCUGUUUUGAGUCAGCCUGGUUUCGCCACCCCGAUUGUGAGAAGACAGCUAAUACAGCCUGGACUACCCCUGUGCCUAGUAAUCCCCUGCCUGCCUUAUAUCAUAAAAUGAGUGGUAUUCAGCCGGUUUUCAAACGUUGGAACAAGGAGGUCUUUGGUCAUAUCCAAACAAAGAUUAAGGACCUUCAAUUGGCCCUAAUCAAGCUCCAAGAGGGACCAAUCGGUGAUGAUUACCAUGCCCAGGAGGAGAAUAUCACUACCCUGCUUAAUGAAGAAUUGGAGAGAGAGGAGGAACUAUGGCGCCAAAAGUCUCGCAUUAGUUGGUUACAACAAGGUGACCGGAACACCAGAUUUUUCCACAUGUCCACCAUCCAACAUCGUAGCCACAAUAGGAUCUUGAAGCUCCAGGACAGUGAAGGUCGUUGGACUCAUGAUGAAAAGAGGAUUUAUGAUCUAAUGACUGAGUACUACCAGGACAUCUUUACUUCUGAAGGGCUGGACUCUGCUGCUUUGAACCAUGUUCUCUCUAUCAUGCAGCCUCAGGUUUCUAACCCCUCAAGUGCAGAUCAGUAUAGACCUAUCAGUCUGUGCCCUGUGGUUGUCAAGGUCAUCACGAAGAUUAUGGCUUCUAGGUUGAAAGGUGUUCUGGAUCAGAUUGUGGCUCCGAACCAGUCUGCUUUUAUCCCUAGCCGUUCUAUCUCCGACAACAUUCUUAUGGCCCAUGAGUUAUUCAGCUACAUUAAUAAGAAGAAGAAGGGGAAGCAGAGGUUUUUGGCUCUGAAGCUGGAUAUGAAGAAAGCGUACGACCGUAUAGAGUGGAAUUUCCUGGAAUCAGUCCUCUUGACGUUGGGGUUCAGCUCGCAAUGGGUGAACAUGGUCCUCUCUUGUCUCAAAACGGUUUCGUACAGCAUUAUCAUUAAUGGGGAGGUUAGGGGGAAGGUGAUUCCCACCAGGGGUAUUCGCCAAGGGGAUCCUCUAUCUCCAGCUCUUUUCAUCCUGUGCUCGCAAGCUUUAAGUGCAGUAAUAGCCCACUCUGAACAACAAGGUUUGGUUAGAGGGAAUUAA